AGCCUGAAAAUUAUCAUUUUCUCACACACCGACUCCAAUCCAGAAUCCCCGAAUCGAUCGGGUAAAAAGAAAAGUCUCAAAACCCAUCGAUAUCCAAAAAUGGAUGCGAGAUCGCCGGAUAACGUGAUAGACCCGCCGCUGAGGGAGCUAGGGUUCGAGUUCGAGGAGGCGUCCGCCGUGAGGGUCACCGGACGCCUCGCCGUGACCGCGAAGUGCUGUCAGCCGUUCAAGGUGUUGCACGGCGGGGUGUCGGCUCUCAUCGCCGAGGCACUCGCCAGCACCGGCGCUGCGAUCGCCUCCGGCUACAAGCGCGUCGCCGGAAUCCACCUCUCGAUCCACCAUCUCCACCCCGCCGAUCUCGGCGAUUCCAUCCUCGCCGAGGCUUUUCCCGUCUCCACCGGCAAAACUAUCCAGGUGUGGGAGGUUCGGUUAUGGAAAACCGGGAAAACCGGCGAACCGGAGAAGAAGAGGAUGGUAUCGACAUCACGUGUUACACUCUUCUGCGGACUGUCUAUACCGGACCAUGUCAAAGACGCUCCCGACAAUUUGAGGAAGUUUGUCUCCAAAUUAUAAAAUCUUUAUCUUCAAAUUAUAAUAUUCACGGUAUUAAAUAACAUAAUGUCAAAACUUUUCCAUUUCGCGGCGAAUAAUUAUGCGAAUUUCCUUUUCUAAAAUAAUGUAAUAAUAAAGUGAAUAUCUUUCAAUUUAA